CUGUACAUCACUUUUUGUGCGAAUGUACAGUAGCGUUGAAAACAUUACAGCUAGCGGACAAAUUGGUCACCAAACAAUCCAAUGUCAGCGCUGAUAACAAGUUUAUGUGGCACCUAAUCUAGGCUAGUAAAAUCACACCCUAUAAUGCAGGCUAAACUAACGGUUUAGUGAACAGCCUAUAUGACACUGCUGACUCGCUGCACUAUUUCUCUAAGACUGCAACGUUACAGUGCUUCUCCAUUCUUUAAUUACCUCCAAGAGAGACUGGAUGCCAGCAAGGUUGAAGUGCCCGGAAAUAUGAACACAUCCACAUUUCGUUUUGGCCAGCACAUCAUCAAGGCAUCAGCGGUGUUUCUUCAGACGGAAUUGUCCUUUGCACUGGUAAAUCGAAAACCAGUGGUCCCUGGACAUGUGCUGGUGUGUCCUCUCCGUGUUGUCGAACGCUUCUGUGACCUGCACCCAGAGGAGGUAGCCGACUUAUUCAAGACAACACAAAGAGUGGCAGGCAUUGUGGAGAAGCACUUCCAGGGAUCUUCCCUGACCAUCGCUAUCCAGGAUGGCCCCGAAGCUGGACAGACUGUGAAGCAUGUUCAUGUUCAUGUACUCCCAAGAAGGGCUGGGGACUUUAAGAGAAAUGACAGCAUUUAUGAUGAGCUCCAGAAACAUGAUCGGGAGGAUGAGGACAUGCCGGCAAAGUGGAGAACAGAGGAGCAGAUGGCAUCGGAGGCCAGCACUCUAAAGCAACACUUUAACUGAACCUGACAGAAAUCCUAUGCAUAAAGGCCCUCAAGUGAAAUUUCAAGAGCAAUGUAACAGAUUUUCAUUGCAUUCCACAACAGCAAAAUGCUAGUAUCUUAAACUCCAGCUGCAAGCUGUACUUUCCACAGGUCUGGAGAUCUGUGCAAUACUCUUGGUUAGCUCUGUGAUAUAUUAAAUUUCUCAUUAUUACCUGUA